CUACUGAACACAAGAACCUCAGCAAAUCUUUAUUGUCGUUAACUAUUGGAAUUUACUUAAAUUUUUUACUUAAACUCUUGGAAAUACUAGGAGUCCUCAAUAAGGUUAACAACCAGCGAAUCUUUGUGCAAGAUUCCCAGCUUUGUAGUGAGUUUUUUCGCAACAACUCGUGCCUGUGAACACCCACAACAGUCUUUGCUCUAAGCGGUGGGGACGGACAACCAGCCAGAAACACAUUAUUUAGCACACCGCCACCGGACAAUUGACGGUGAAUAAGCAAACCAGCAAGCGCCCAAGGAGCUAGCUUAAUAACAAAGUCAACACCACAGCCUUAUCCAAAGGAUAAACGCGUCUAAUCCAUUGCUUUGGCGGAAGAAACUCUAAGUGGAAACCAACAAAACACCAACCAACGACUGCUAAUUAUAAUGGAAAAAGUGUCAGUAAAACAAAAUGAAAAUUCCAAAUUGCCAUCUACAUCUUCUGCAGCCAAAACAAAAAAGCAGCAGCAGAAGCAAACUAAGCAGGAGCAAAAGCAGCAGCAGCAAAAGGAGCUACAGCAGCAGCAACAGCAAAAGCAGAAACAGUUGCAGCAACAACAGCAACAGCCUCAGGCCAAAACUAAUGCUACUCAGCAGCAGCAAAAGCAGCAACAGAAACAAAAGGAAAAAGAAAAGCAGCAGCAGCAACAACAACAGCAGCCAAAAUCGAAAGAGCAGCAAAAACAAAAGGAGCAACAGCAACAACAGCCGAAUCAGAAGCAAAGUAAAAAGCAACAAAAGAAACAGCAAAAACUGUUGCAGCUGGAGCAAAAUGGUCAAAGCGAUGACUACGAGCUAUCCGAGUAUGAAACGCAAUCGCAAAAUCAGCUCUCGAAUUCCCCAUCUCAAAAUGAAAUGGGGGAUUCAUUGUCGCAAAAUGAUGAUGACAUACCCUAUGCCACCUCACAGUUGCAUUUUGGUAACCAACAAGCGCUGUAUGAGUUACAGGGUCUACCGCCCCUGUCGCAAUACGAGUUACCAGAGGGCAUGUCCACCAAAGCUCCCUCAUUUUGGCUAUACGAGCUGCCCAGGGAGCAAUCGUUUUGGCAAUAUAAACGAACCGAGGCCAUUUCGUCGCAACAGGGGCCACCAACUAAGCCUCCUGUUCAGCCACAGUAUGAGCAACCAUUGGAGCCUUCGCUGGCUUUUCCCGAACUGCCAAAAGCACAGCAUGAAUUGCCAAAAGUACCUUCUGUGUGGCAGUAUGGGUUGCCAAUUGCGCCCCAUGAGCAACCGAAACCAACGCCGCCACCACCUACACAAGACGAGUUUCCCAGUAUUCUACCGCAGCACGUGCUCGAUGAAUUAACAAAGGAACAGUCCAGUGUUUUACCGAAGGCAUCUACGGUAUUGAAGCAACAAUUGAAACCCAAAGAACAACAACCACCACUGCUGCAACAACAACAGCAGCAAAAGCAACAGGAAAAACAAAAGGAGCUGCAACAGCAAGCGGCUAAACUGAAGGAGCAGCAGCAGCAAGAACAACUUCAACAACAACAAGCGAAGCAGAAACAAAGCAAAAAACAACAGAAACAACAAAAGUCUCAGUCUCAAAAAGCUGAACCACAAACACAACAGCAGCAAGCGCCUCCUCAGCCUCAACAAACCAAGCAGCAGCAACCACCACAGUCACACCCACCUGACCAAAACGACAGUAAAGAUGAAUCUGAAGUCUUGGCGCAGAAACCCCAAAGUCAGGAACACGUAAACUCCCAAUCACCUCCAAGCACAGAGUUUUCAGAAUCUUCAAUUCAAAAUGAUCAUUUGGACAACUCAAUUUCAAACUCGGCACAGCAAAUUCAAAUGUCAUCGGAAGCUCCACAGAAUGGCAUGCCAUCUGAGCCAAUGCAAAAUGAAAUAGCCCACAUGACACAAUCGCAACCGCAACCACCACCGCAACAGAACGACAUUCCACAGAUGACAUCGUCGUUUGAGAUGCCUCCAACACAUCCACUAUACGAGGUACACUUUGAUCAACAGAAAGUGGUUUCAGCCCAAGCCCAAGCCCAAGCCCAAGCUCAACCACAACAACAGACACCGCAAUCAAUAUAUGAAGUACUCAGGCCCAUGCCACAGCUACCCCAAUUUGAGGUGCCCAGAAAUCCCUCAGUUUGGCAAUAUGAGAUGCCGGAUGGUGCUCUGCAAUCCCAUUAUCCGCUGCCAAAAGGCGGGCCAUCGCUGUCGCAGUAUGAGCAAGUACCAAGACCCCCGCAAUCGGUUUGGCAGUAUGACUUGCCCAAGGCUCCCUCGCGAUCAUUGUACGAUAUGCCAGAGUCGCCUUCUCUGUCACAAUAUGAGCUGCCAAGGGCUCCCUCACAGCCUCAACCGUUUGACCUGCAAGAACCCUCUUCACCUUACGAUCUGCCCAAAAUACCCUCCCGCUCUCUGUAUGAGAUGGCGAAUGCUUCCCUGAUGUACCGAUAUGAAAUGCAAAAAGCUGCUGCAUUAUCUCAAAAUGAUAUGUCAAAGAUGCCCCCUCCUCAAGCGGCAUUGCAGAAUGAAUUACCAAAGGUUCCACCACGUUCUCUAUACGAUUUAACGGAUGCAUCACCGCAAUCCCCCUACGAUCUGCCCCCAUCGCCAUCACGUUCCCAAUAUGAAUUGGCAAAGGCAACAUUACAGGCUCAGCUGCUCCUGAGGGAAGCGUCCACACUUUCUCAACAAGAUUUGCAAAAAUUGCCUCCACAGACAAUAUAUGAGCUGCAAAGGGCACUUUUAUUGACCCAAUACAGCGAGAUGACACAGGCACAGCUUGCCGCACAAGCCCAGCAGUUAUCACAGGCACAGCAGUUGUCGCAAGUUCAGCAAAUGUCGCAAGCCCACCAAUUAUCACAGGCUCAACAAUUGGCCCAGGCUCAACAAAUGACACAGGCGCAGCAGUUGUCUCAUUUCCAUAUGCAGGCAUCAACUAGAGCAUUGUUUGAACAACAUCAACAACAUCAGCAGCAGCAACAACAACAACAACAACAACAGCAGCAGCAGCAGCAGCAGCAGGCUCAGAAGGGACCAUCAUUGUUGCCAUAUGAGUUAUCGGAGAGGCCACAACAAAACCAAGCACAGCAAUAUCAGUUGCAGAAAGCACCAUCUCUCACACAAUUCGACUUGGCAAAGUCCACAUCACCGCCACAAUUCGAUCUAUCCAAAACUCAAUCUUUGUCGCAAUUUGAGAUGCCAAAAGCAGCAUCCUCACCUCCCACUCAAUACGACAUGUCCAAGUCCUCAUCCUUGUCACAAUUUGAGGCUCCCAAAUCAACAUCUCCUCCGCAGCAUGAUCAGGCGAAAGCAUCGCCACAGUCUCCCUAUGAAAUGGGUGAGUCGUCAUCGUCGCAGCCAAAAUCGCAAAAUGAACAGCAAACAAAGUCGUCGGACUCACCUACGCCAGAUGAUGAGCCAAAGACACCGUCCCGAGCUCAAAAUGAGGUGACAAAGUCAAGCUCACCAUCCCAAUUCGAAUUGCAAAAGGCCGCCUCCUCGUCCCGACUGUUGUAUGAGCUACCAAGGGGACCCUCUCGCCUGCUUUAUGAAUUGCCAAAGGCGCCCUCGAAUACAGCAAAAAGCGCCGAGAAACAUGACAGUUCCGAGAAACGGGAAAAUCAUGUCAAGUCUGACAAUGGCAUCGAGAAACACGAGCGAUGGGAGCGAGCCAUGGAUCGAUUUGAUAAAAGCUUCGAUAAGACUGAUCGUUUCUUUGACAGGAACGACAGAUGGGAGAGAACCGACAGCAGGUUUGAUAAAUCCGAUCGCUUCUUCGAUCGGACAGACAAAUGGGAGAGGGGCGAUACUGCAUUCAAUAGAAGCGAUAGCAGAUUUGACAAGAGUGAACGGUUCGAAAGAAGCGAUAGCAGAUUCGAAAGAAGCGAACGCUUUGGCAUUCGAGACGAGAGAUUUAUUGAUAGAAACGAUAAACUCGAAAGGAGUGAGCGAUUCGAAAGAAGCGAUUCGCGCUUCGAUAGAACUGACCGAUUCGAUCGCAACGAUCGUUGGGAAAGAAACAAUGAUACCAAAUCGGAGAAAAACGAAAGACCUUUCGAUUUUCAUUCGCGACAAUUUAAUACAUACAGGUCGUUCAUGGCCAAAAAGGAUGAAAUGGGAUUGUCAUCUAAAAAUCAUACUUCAUUGGAUACAUCUAGUUCGGAUAGUAGCAAACCGACUCCCCGGCCUCCAAGCAAUUUCAGCAAUUAUCGCCACAGUUCGGAAAUAUUUGAAAGUGAAGAAGACGAUAUGGAUGAUUAUGAUGCAGAUAAGAUGCCACCGGUUGAGGUGGAUCCCGAAGAUCAUCCAUUGCAGCACGAAUACUGGUUGUGGUAUUCGCGCAAAGGUGCUCACCGUGCCAACGAUUAUAGCAAGUCAUUGCGCAUGGUGGGACGCUGUGCCACUAUCGAACAUUGGUUGAAUCUUUAUUGUCGCCUGCGACGUCCAACGGCUUUAAAUCCCUUCCGAGAGUUGAGUCUCUUCAAGAAGGGCAUUCGGCCCAUGUGGGAGGAUCCAGCCAAUUCGAAAGGAGGACAAUGGUUAAUACGUUUACGUAAAAACUAUAUUGAUCGGGCCUGGGAGGACAUUUGCAUGGCCAUGCUGGGUGAGCAGUUUAUGGUAGAUGAUGAAAUAUGCGGCGUGGUGUUGACCACAAAGAUUCCGGAAUGCACCUUAUCCGUAUGGAAUCGCACUGCCUCUGAUUAUUUCAGUACGACACGUAUCCGUGAUACACUCCGGAGGAUAUUAAAUUUACCUGCUUCUGUGCCAAUGGAGUAUAAGAUACACUGUGAUAGCCUUAAAUAUAUAGCAAUAAAUAAUAAAGGGACUGCAAAAAGCUGAAACUUGAUGAAUUUGUGUUAUAACAAUAAAUAAAAGAAACAAAAAAAAAGAGGAAAAAACAAAACCACAAAAAUAUCAACAAGUAAGGACUAAAGAGACAACAACAAACAAACAUUAUACAAGAUGUUUACCCUUUAAAAAGUUAUCUAAAAGAAAAUAAGUAAAAAUUAAAAAAAAAACAUUAAACAUUGAUUAUUGUAAAAUCAAAACAUUCAAAUGUUACAACUACAAUAAAAAUAAAAACAAACAUUUAAACACCUACAA